AAAAGCUUGAUCUAUGAGCUACUACCAUUCUGGCAUUUCAAAGAGACGGGAAAACCUGCAAUUGUUCUUGUUCUAGAACCAUUGAAUGUAAUAAAUGAACAGCAAAUGCAGAAGUUGAAAGAAGUUUCUUUCUUUAUAGGCAACAGUCCACAUUCUGAAUUUGAUAAGGACAAAACCAUGUUUCUAUUUGCCCACCCAGAAGCUGUUAUUGGUAAACCAGAAAUCUACAAAUUCUUACAAAGUCAAUCCACUUUCAUGUAUGUAGCGGUUGACGAGGCUCAUUGUAUUUUGGACUGGGGACAUGAGUUUCGACCCAUCUUCCGUGACAUUAAACAAUUACGUGCUGUGAAGCCAGAUGCUAGGUUUUUAGCCUUUUCAGCAACUGUGUCAAUUAAUGGAAUAAGUGACAUCACAAAAUUCCUUGGUAUGGAAAACCCGCGAAUCAUUAAAACAUCACCAUUAAGAAGCAAUAUAUCUUUGAUUGUUCUUCACAGACCAGGUAGAAAAGUUUCUACACAUGCCUCAUAUGACUAUGUAUUUGAAAAUAUAUUUGGUGACCUCAAAAAAAGGAAAGAGAAUUAUCCUGUCACUCUGAUAUACUGUGUUGGUAUCAACUGGGUUGGAUAUGGAUAUGAGGUCGCACAACGGAUACUUGGUGACGACAUGUUUGUAGGCAACAGAGAUGUUGAGAAUGCCAGAGUAGUGAUGUUUCAUUCAUCAGUUGGCAGAUAUGACAAGACAAAGGAAAUUAUAUAAAAAAAUAUUUCAAAGCGACCGGAUGAAUCACCUCUCCGCGUUGUGAUUUCUACCAUUGCUCUGGGUAUGGGGGCAGACCUUAGACAUGUGACAACAGUUGUCCAUGCAGGACCACCACAAAACAUUGA